AUGUUACCGGAUUUGAUCAAAACUUGCAUUGCACUAUCGGUAAUAGUGUCGAUUGUGGUGCCCUUGGACGCAGCGGAUGCCAUUUGUGAACGUAUCGACUUCAACGACUUCAGCUCCUUCAAGAUUCGACAGUGCUCUGACGGCAACAAGGAAAUAUUGCGUCUUUCGGCUUAUGCAGCAUCGCCCGUUUUCACGCCAUUUCGACCAAACAUUGUGUAUUAUCUGACUAAUCCACUUCCAGGAAUCAAUUGCUGCGAAUCAAUCGAGAGCUUCUUUGUUAAUUCGUUCACGGAGAUUCGAAUGAUUUAUCAGCUGUUGUUUCGGUCGACUUCAGUACUGACGAUAAGAUUAUUGAAUUUAGAUCUACUAGACAGUCGCGGAAAACCCAUAGUGGAACAGAUUUGGUCUACCCAACAGCAAACUCAAACCUGGAGUCUUUUUUCCGGGUUGGUGGAGAAAGAGAUUAAGCGAGCCAGAUUGCAGAUCGAAGUUGACAUGAGCGCGGAUGGUCAAAUAGCCAUUGAAUAUAUUACGGUGUUUAAUUCGCUCGUUUUGGAACAGUUUUGCAAAGAGUUGGACGAAUUUUAUGUUCCACCGCCCGCCAUUUCAACUACGAGUACAACGCCCAGGCCACCCGUGACGACAGUUGCUUCAACUACUCUCAGCUCAACACGUCGAACCAGGUCUACGUCAACUACGAUAGUGACGCCAGUACCAACAACGACAACAACUCUCGCAACUACAACUACGGUUCCUAUAACAACGACUUCCAGCACAACAACAACUACUACUACUACUACUACAGUUCCAUCUACUUCGACAACUCGAACAACGUCAACAACGACAAUAGCUCCAACUACUACGAUAGAACCAACAACUUCAACGACUACCUCUCGUUCCACAACAGAAAUCCAAACAGAGUCCACGUCCACAACAACUAGCUCAACAACUACUACUCCUCCUACAAGCACGUCCACAACACCUAGCUCAACGGCUACUACUACUACUACUCUAGCCACUUCCACAACAACUACUCCUAGAACCACUUCCACAACAGAAACUACAUCAACAACUACAACUUCCGCAUCAACUAGUACAAAAACUACAACUCCCGCAAGCACGAAUCCUACAACAGAAACUACUUUAUCUUUAGCUACGACUUCUAGACCCAUUACUACAAGAUCUACAAGUACUACCGAGCUCAUAUCUACACCGCUACCAACAAUAAGAACAUUGAGCACACCAACUUCAACUGCAAAUAGUUCAAUUGAACUUUCAACGAGUACGAAUGUUGUUAGCACAACAGAAACACAUCCAACCGUAACAACAAUAGCUACUCCUGAACCGACGACAAGAUCAUCAGAUUCAACACCACAACAAACUAGAAGCGAAAUACCAUUAGUAACAGAACCCGAAAUUACUACUGAGUUAGUAUCUUCAUCUCAGCAUUCGCCAUCCGCCAGUUCUACAAUACCUACCGCAAAGGAAACAACCUCCUCUACUACUCGUCGUACGAGAAGUACAACGCGAAGAACAACACGACCCAGAACGACGACUGAACCGGUAACCUCUACCACCGAUCUAACCACAGAACAAAUCACAACGAAUGUUUUCGUAACUACAACCCCUCAACUGAAUAGUACAAAUCUGCAGACAACAGAAGUGCAAUCCGCUUCUACAACAACUGUAUUCUUCACGGACACAAGCUCGUUAUCGGAAGCUUCGACAAUCAGUUCGGAUACGAAAGCAACGGAAUUGACGACUCCUGCUUCUACGAUUGGAUUCAACUCCACAGAUUCUCUAAUAACACAGACGCCAUCAUCACACCAAUCCCAUUCACCAACAUUCCGUCCAACUAGUUUACCACUAAACCAGUCCCCGUUAGAUGAAUCAAGCGCCAUUUGGGUUGCAUUGACCGGGAUAUUUGUGACGCUUUUCGUUCUGGUUUCAGCGAUUGGUGUCUACAUGUACGUCAGCUGUCAACAGAUAAACAAUGUCGUCCGCCGAGAGCUGGAACUGACCGAGGUAGAACCAAGUCACACAAUGUCGGCACCUCGGACCGCCAUCAAUCAGUACGUGUCACCGACGGUACUGCAGAACUUCCACCGUCAGCGACAGAAGCAGAUGAAGAAACGUACCCGGAAACAACGGGAAAGCGUACAUUCGACUACCAGUGACAAUAGUAGUGCCUUUGUCAACGCAAGGAGAUACACCAAAGAUCCCAUUCUUCCGGUGUCCAAUCGGCCUUUCUCACUGGCAGCGGAAAUUAAGAAAACUAGACUCAAGAGUGGAUUCAAUAAAUUUUAG